GGAUGGUCAGAGAGCAGCAGAGUUGCUGGCAGUGAGAUUUCCUCCCCUCAGCAGCCCUGUCCCUGCUGCUCUCUGUCACACACACGUACUGUACAUGCGGUGCUCCCCGCUCACACAGUGCAUGCCCAGCUGUGCGGGCUGACAGGACCGAGGAGAAGCGAUGCAGAGAGGACGGCGAGACUGCGAGGAGCUACAGUGUCAGAGAGUCGGCACAGGCGCCCGGCUGCUGCAGCGGGAGGUGCUGUGAGGGCUCCCCGGGGAUCCGAGGGGCGCAGGUUGGGGGAGAACGACCGAAGGAGGUAUCUGAGGGGUAAAGGGGACCCUGGUCCUCGUUGUCUCCUGUACUCAGGAGGGAACAUGCUGGUUGCAAACUGGCUGGCGGGGCUGAUCUGUCAUCUUUGCUUUCUGCACACACGGUCUUUGGAAAACCGGCUUCACCCCAAGCAAGCUAGUUUUGUGAAAACCCUUUCAUCAUAUGAGAUUGUCAUACCUUCUCGAGUAAAUAAUUUUGGAGAAGAUUUUCCUCUUACCCAACAUUACAGAAGAGCGAAAAGGAGUCUAGAACUUCAAACAUCACCCCCUGAUGUCAACAGGACAUAUUAUCAUAUUGCUGCCUAUGGACAGCUAUUCCAUUUGAACCUUACCAAUGAUGCAAGCUUUAUUGCGGAUUCUUACAAAGUUGUCCAUAUUGGAAACCAAAGUCAUGUUCAGCUUGACUCCUCAGACCUCAAACACUGUUUCCACAGUGGUCAUGUCAAUCGCUUGGAGACAUACUCAGCUUUCUUAAGUCUAUGUGGUGGAUUGAUUGGCACUUUUAAAGCACAUGAUGGGGAAUAUUUUUUAGAACCAUUGAUGAAAUAUGGUGACGUGGAGCAUGAAGAUGAGCACAGCAAACCACAUCUUCUCUACAAAAAUCCAGUAAAAUCUGAAGAAUCUUCUGGAAAAGCAAAUCCAAGCUGUGAAAUUUCAGAAUCUAAUAUAGAGGAUGAAGUAAUCCCAUUACAUGUGUCAAGCAAUUUAGGAGAAGAUAUUAUUAUGUUUACAAAUUCUGCACUUUCUUCAAAUUUGCUACAAAAUGAAACACAACAAAAUGAUGUAAACAACUUGCAUAUCAGAAGAAAACGGUUUAUCUCAUAUCCAAGAUACGUAGAACUCAUGGUUACAGCAGAUGCAAAAAUGGUGCGCCAUCAUGGCCGAAACCUACAGCACUACGUUUUAACUCUAAUGUCAAUAGUUGCUGCUAUUUAUAAAGAUCCAAGUAUCGGGAAUCUCAUAAAUAUAUUGAUUGUAAAGCUUAUAAUAAUUCACAAUGAACAGGAUGGACCAGUCAUCAGCUUUAAUGCAGCUACAACGCUUCAUAACUUUUGUGUUUGGCAAAGAGCACAAAAUGUUCCAGAUGAUUUUCAUCCUUCUCACUAUGAUACUGCUGUUCUACUUACCAGGGAGGAUAUAUGCAGAGCCAGUAAUAAGUGUGAUACUCUAGGUUUAGCUGAACUAGGUACAAUGUGUGAUCCUCACCGUAGCUGCUCAAUCAGUGAAGAAAAUGGUUUAAGUGCUGCAUUCACCAUAGCACAUGAACUGGGUCACGUAUUUAAUAUGCCUCAUGAUAACAGCUCGAAGUGCAGAGAAAUGGGAGCUAUAAAUGAAUUUCAUGUGAUGUCUGCAGUUUUAAGCUAUGACGCAAGCCCAUGGACCUGGUCUAAAUGCAGUCAGAAGUAUGUCACAGAGUUCCUUGAUACUGGCUAUGGGGAAUGUCUGCUUGAUAAGCCCACUGGACGGGUGUAUGAUUUUUCUCAUCAGUUACCAGGAGUAAUUUAUGAUGCUAACAAGCAAUGUGAACUGAUGUUCGGCACUGGUUCUCAAGUAUGUCCAUAUAUGAAACAAUGCAAGCGGUUGUGGUGUACCAGUACAGAAGGAAUGCAUAAAGGUUGUUUGACUCAGCACAUGCCUCCAGCUGAUGGAAGUGACUGUGGUCCUGGAAAGCAUUGUCGCAGUGGUCAUUGUGUGGACAAACUAAAUGCUCCCCCAGUGGAUGGUGAGUGGGGACCUUGGGAACCUUACAGUUCAUGCUCAAGAAGCUGUGGUGGCGGAAUCAGAACCUCUGUUAGAAACUGCAAUAAACCUGAGGCAAGAAAUGGAGGCAAAUACUGUGUGGGGAGGAGGAUGAAGUUUAGAUCUUGUAAUACUGAUUUUUGUCCCAAAGGAAAAAAAGAUUUUAGAGAUGUGCAGUGUUCGCACUUUGAUGGUAAACAUUUCAACAUCAAUGGUCUUACAACCAGUGUACGCUGGAUCCCAAAAUAUAGUGGCAUCUUAAUGAAAGACCGCUGCAAGCUGUUUUGUCGUGUUUCUGGGACAUCAUCCUAUUACCAGCUGAAAGACAGAGUUACUGAUGGUACUCCUUGUAGUCCUGAUUCGGAUGACUUGUGUGUUCAAGGAUUAUGCAGGCAAGCGGGCUGCGAUCACGUUUUAAAUUCCAAAGCAAGGAAAGACAAAUGUGGUAUAUGUGGUGGUGAUAACUCCUCCUGUAAAACUGUUGCAGGGACCUUCAAUAACGCUCAGUAUGGGUAUAAUACCAUUAUAAAAAUUCCUGCUGGAGCAACAAACAUUGAUAUUCAUCAGCAUAGCUACUCUGGUCGAACUGAUGAUGACAAUUACCUUGCUCUAUCUGACAGUCAAGGAAAUUUUGUCCUCAAUGGCAAUUUUGUUGUGAGCAGGUUUAAAAGGGAAAUAAGUGUCAGGGGUGCUGUUUUGGAUUAUUCGGGUUCAGACCACAUAAUAGAACGAAUAAACUGUACUGACCGUCUGGAAGAGGAUUUAACACUCCAGAUUUUGUGUGUUGGAAAUUUAUACAAUCCUGAUGUACGGUACAAGUUUAAUAUUCCACUUGAGGAUAAAAUUAACCAGUUUUCAUGGGACAGAUAUGGGCCGUGGCAAUCCUGCAAUAAAGUAUGCCAAGGUAUUCGGAAAACAAAAGUUGCCUGUGUACGAAGGAGUGACCGAGUUGUUGUAUCGGAUCAAAGAUGUGAACAUUUGUCUCGCCCAGAGUCCAUAAAUGAGCCAUGUAAUGCAGAUUGUCAAUUAAGGUGGUAUGUCAUUGGUAAAAGUGAAUGUUCAGCACAGUGUGGACCUGGACAUCGGUCUCUAGAUGUACGUUGUAUAAAAUAUUCCUCUAUAAGAGGCUUGACUACUCCAGUGGAAGAUACAUUUUGUAACAGUCAUCAAAAACCUCCAACCCGGGAACCUUGCCAUGGAGAUUGUCUGUCUGCUGUCUGGCGCUAUUCUGAAUGGACACAGUGUUCUCAGAGCUGUGGAAGAGGAGUACAGAAAAGAGAAGCAUAUUGUAUGAGCAACUUUGGGCAUCGUUUAUCUGACAGCGAAUGCAAAGAGGAGCAUGAAAUUGUAACCCAAAGCUGUAGUGACCAUUUGUGCCCUGUUUGGAUUACCAGUGAGUGGAGUGAGUGUCAUGUAACAUGUGGAAAAGGAACCAGGCGUCGGCAUGUGGCAUGCCAGUUAAAUGAUGAGCAACUGAAAGAUAAUUAUUGUGAAUCAAACACCAAGCCUGAAUCAGCCAUUGCAUGUGAACUUCACGAAUGUGCUUAUUGGCAUAUAGGACCCUGGGGAUCAUGUUCAGUUACCUGUGGACAUGGCUACCAAUUACGUACAGUAAAAUGUAGUGCGGGAUCAUAUGGGACUGCUUUGGAUGAACGUGAAUGCAAUGCAGCUUCCCGUCCUACAGAUAGCCAGAAUUGUGAAAGGCUUCCUUGUCCAAUACAUUCCCAUGUAUCACAAACUAUCUCUCCAGUUGAUCAAAUGCACAAGAAUGCACAGUGGCGAUAUGGGUCAUGGACGCCAUGUUCUGCUUCCUGUGGAAGAGGUAAACGUGCUCGCUAUGUGAGCUGUAGAGAUGCAUUUGGUGGAGUAGCUGAUGAAUCAUUCUGUGCCCACUUACCACGGCCAUCUGAAGUUUCUAUCUGUUUUACAUCUUGUGGAGAAUGGCAAUCUGGGGACUGGUCUCCUUGUCCAGUAUCUUGUGGAAAAGCAAUGGUUAUAAGACAGGUUGUCUGCACAAGUUACCAUGAAAGGAUCGAGGAGGAAAACUGUGAUCCUGACAACAGACCUAUUAAAGAGCAAGAGUGCAAUUUAGCACCAUGCCAAACAUUCAAUCAUUUUCCUGGUAAUCAUGACCAUCCAAUGGGAUUUCCACAGCCAGAAAGACCACAUAAAUAUAGAGAUUAUGACAUAAGCAACAAGGUCAACCAACGGAACCAGCCUUCAGCUCGUGGGAACCAAUGGAGAACUGGGCCAUGGGGAGCAUGUUCAAGCACAUGUGCAGGUGGUUUUGAGCGCCGUGUUGUGGUGUGUCAGGAUGGUGAAGGAAGGAUUAGUCAUUUUUGUGAUGAAGCAACCAGACCUGAUGAAUCUAGACAUUGUAAUUCUGGACCUUGUCCUCGCUGGAAUUAUGGAAGCUGGGGAGAGUGUACAAAGACAUGUGCAGGUGGAAUGAGAACAAGAUUGGUGCUAUGCCAGCUGACAAAUGGACAAGUUUUGGAUGAUCAAAACUGUGAAAUCCUUGAUAAGCCACCAAAUGUGUCACAGUGUAACACACAAGCAUGCCCUGCUGAUGCUUCAUGGCAUCCAGGACCAUGGAAAUCGUGCUCUGCGACCUGUGGAAAAGGAUUAAAACAUCGAAAUGUUGUCUGCAUUUCUAAUGGUCAGCAAAUUGAUGAUUCAAAUUGCAAACAUUUAAGGAAGCUUCGUACGCAGAAGAUGUGUAAGAUUGGCAGAUGUCCUUCAUGGAAAAGUGGAAAGUGGGGAGAAUGUUCAGCAACAUGUGGAGCUGGAGUCCAGUACAGACAGGUGUACUGCAGGAUGAAAGGACAAGGGCGAAUUGAGGAGACAUUUUGCAAUCCUACAAUCCGCCCAGACACACUGGCGCAUUGCACAUUACCAGACUGCAUCCAGUAUUAUUGGUUUGCAGAUGAAUGGACAACUUGUUCCACAGAUUGCAAACAAGAGGAGUCCAGGAGGAAGAUAAAAUGUGUGGCUAUCACUGGCAAACCAGCUAAUGAAUCUUACUGUGAUCCUGCUGCUAAACCACAUGCUAGCAGGCAGUGCACCAAUCCUGCAUGCAAGUACAUUGUCAUCACUGAAGAUGCAUCCCAGUGUUCCAGAAGCUGUUGGUUUGGUUCCAAACAAAAAGUAACCUAUUGCAGAAGAGUGCUGUGGAGGAACAAUUACUACAUAAAUGGCUUACGAGCUGUCAGCUAUAAAAGCUGUCCUUUAAGGCAACAUUUGUUUGAUCGCAAAUGUAAUGGGAAGAGCUGUGUCCAAACACACUUUUGGAAAGUUGGAAAGUGGAGCAAGUGUUCUUCAACAUGUGGUGUUGGAAUCAUGGAGAGGAAAGUAGUAUGCAUGACAGAAGAGAGUCUUUCAAGUAACCUUUGCCCUUCACAUGUGAAACCCAGAGCUAGGAAGUCAUGUUUGUCAAAAUAUUGUGACUAUAAGAGCUGCAAAGAAUUACGCCUGCUAAAUAACACUCAAACAGAUGCUGAAUAUUCACUGAAAAUUAACAACAGACAAGUGAAGAUUUACUGUUCAGGAAUGGAGUCAGAUAGUCCAAAAGAAUAUAUAACAUUGAUUAAAGGUGAAGCAGACAACUUUUCAGAAGUAUUUGGAUACAGGCUGAAAAAUCCAUAUGAGUGUCCAUUUAAUGGGAGCAGAAAGCAAGACUGUGCAUGUAAAAAUGACUACCUGGCAGCUGGAAUAACUGUAUUCAGUAAAAUAAGACUAGAUAUCAUUUCAAUGCAAAUAAAAACUACAGAUCUCCUCUUCGCUCGUACCAUGCUGGGAAGAGCAGUUCCGUUUGCCACAGCAGGUGACUGUUACAGUGCUGCAAAGUGCCCACAGGGACAGUUCAGUAUCAAUCUUUCAGGUACAGAUUUUCGAAUAUCAGAUGCUGCCAGAUGGAUUGCUCAAGGGAAUUAUGCAACGGUCAAUGUGCACAGAUCACAGGAUGGAACAAAAAUUUAUGGAAGAUGUGGAGGUUAUUGUGGAAAGUGUAUUCCGCAUUCAGCUAUUGGUCUUCAAGUUCAAGUACAAGAACAUCAAAGGAAAAUCAUAUGAGCCAUGACAACACAUGCUCAUUUCUUACUGUAUUUGACAUGGGAGUGCUGUUAUAAAGCAUUGCCUUCUUUUAAACUUGUCAUGGGCACAUACAUGAUUUUUGAUCCAUUGUUAUACAUGUCGUAAAAUGUACUAAUGUGUUUGGAAACAACCAACCACAAAUUAGGCAAUUAAUGCACAUGUGUUUAGAUAAUACCAAUUAUUCUCUGUAUUGGUGAUUUUAUCAGUGAUUUUUGUCCAUGGAAAGAUGAAACAGACACAAUCUAAAUCUGGGUUUGAUGCAAUGUUACAUAUUUAGGAGGGAAUUCAAUUAGGUGCGAGUUUGGUCCUGCCGAAUUCAAGGCAAUUUUGCAUUGCAAACUACAUUUGCAAUUCAGUUACAAACUUUUUUUCAGAGUAAAUUCAGAUGUUUUUGUCUACACCCCCAUGAGCAGGUGAAUAGGUAAGAAAAAUAUUUUUUUCUUUUAAGGUAAAAAUGUCAGGACUUGCCUCAGAACCCCUUUAACACCCCCCCCCCCCCCUCACCAAUAACUAACAGGGCAUUUGGAAGUUUUCAAUUAGCCUAAUUGGGGCAAUAAUUACAUAUCAUUAUUGUAGUUAACAAAAAAUAAUGACCUCAACCCAAAAAUCAGCUUUUUAUUAGUUUAUGCACCCCAAAUUUAAAUAAUUUAUUUCAAUGAAAUAAUUACUUUUUA